GAGCUAGCAAGCAUAAAAGGGGCCAUUUCUCAAACCUAUUUGAAAUCACUCAAAUCUGAACCCAACAAGGGGAAAAAAAAAAAAAAAUCCCAAUUAAUACUACUAUCUACUUGAAUAAUUUCUCUGCACCAAGAACAAUGUAUACUGGUCAGUCAAGAAUUGGGGUUUUCAGUCUGCUUCGGCUGUUGUUGUGUUUUGCCAGUUGCCACCUUGCUUUUGGCUUCAGAGAUGGACUAUUGGACAACGGUAACUUCGAGCUGGGCCCAAAGUCCUCCGACCUCAACAAAACCAUCCUUCUCAGGCCCAAUGCCAUACCCAAUUGGCAAACUUGGGGCUUUGUCGAGUACAUCAAAGCCGGCCAAAAGCAAGGUGACAUGCUAUUGGUAGUUCCCGAGGGUUACGCAGCCGUUAGGCUCGGAAAUGAGGCUUCGAUAAAGCAAUACGUAAAAGUGACAAAGGGAAUGUACUACUCUUUAACCUUUAGUGCAGCCCGAACUUGCGCCCAAGAGGAGAGGGUAAAUGUGUCCGUGGCCCCUGAUUUUGGGGUUCUCCCGAUUCAAACACUGUAUAGCAGCAGUGGAUGGGACUCGUACGCUUGGGCUUUUCGGGCCAGCUAUGAUGUUGUUGAGAUUUUAAUUCACAAUCCGGGCUUGGAGGAGGACCCAGCUUGCGGCCCGCUUAUUGAUUCGGUUGCUAUUCGGGCCUUGUAUCCGCCGAAGCCCACUAGAGACAACCUUUUGAAAAACGGGGACUUUGAAGAAGGUGCGUACAUAUUCCCAAACACGAGCUGGGGCGUCCUCAUCCCCCCCAACAUCGAAGACGACAACUCGCCCCUGCCAGCCUGGAUGGUCGAGUCUCUCAAGGCCAUAAAAUACAUCGACUCAGCCCACUUCUCUGUCCCCCACGGCCUGCGGGCCAUCGAGCUCGUCGGUGGCAAGGAGAGCGCCGUGGCCCAGGUGGCCCGAACAGUCGCGGGCCGGGCCCAUCUGCUCACGUUCGCGGUCGGCGACGCAAGCAACUCGUGCGAGGGGUCGAUGGUCGUGGAGGCGUUCGCGGGCCGGGACACAGUUAAGGUCCCGUACGAGUCUAAGGGCAAUGGCGGGUAUAAGCGGGCCGUGCUGAAGUUCGUGGCCCACACGAAUCGGACCCGAAUCAUGUUCCUCAGCACUUACUAUCACACGAGGAGUGACGACUAUGCGUCGCUGUGUGGGCCCGUGGUGGACGACGUGAGGCUGUUGAGCGUCCGUAAACCACACUAGGAGAGAGUUGUUGUGUGGUAUUAUAGUGAGAAUGUUUUUUUUUUUUUGGAGUUUGCUUGCUGCUGCUAUUGAAAUAUACUUGGUUUUAUAAAAAAUAUAAGUUGUGAUGGUAUAUAUAGUGAGAGGAGUGUGAUUUAUAUAUAUUUGGGAUGUAAGAGUGUUGUUUUGAGACUCAUAAUGGGUGGGAUCAUUAUAUAUAUAUCCAUACAUAAUUGGUUUUUAAGUUGUUUCCUUUCAAUAAAUAAGGAGAAUGUGUGAGAGGACUAAUGAUGAUCCAAUACGUGCAAUGAAAAGUUUUAAAGCUCCAAAUUCUA